AUGGAGGGAGGACACAGUGCGAGUAAGCUAUCAUCCCCUUGCAGGCACUCAGAUGCAAAAUAUGCAUAGAAUUGACAUUGGCAGCCUGGAACAGAGUUCUGGGUUUCCAAUUGUGACGAACUGGACCUCGUUACAAGUUCUUGGAGGGGUAUACUUGCCAGCCUCUUACCCUGUGACUAUGGCCCCUGUGAUAAACCUUGGUUUAAAUCACUGUAGUGCGUACAUUUUUGUAUUAACACUUAAGCCCAGGUACUUUCCCUACAAAGCCUUGGAGGGAGGUAAGAGACAUGGUGUCUCCAGGUGUAGAACAGUUAGGUUUACCAUGGUUGAUACACUGUUUACGUUGUGCAUUAUCAAGAGGUUUGACACGUCUGCCAUUUAGCCAUAUAGAACAGUAAGAGUUAGAACAUUUAUAACCACUGUUUGUCACAACAGUAACGUGUGUAGGUAUGUUGUUUUAUAGUGAGGGUUUAUCUUCUCUUUCAGUUAGGUGUGUAUGAGUGUGUCUGUUGUGUAGCCAAGUUACAGUACUUUUCAUAGUGCUGGACAGAUUUUUCCCUAUUUCCCUUUCAUGGGGAUUGUUCAGGUAUUGUGUCUGUGGUGGUGUUCCCUGCAUCUAGUUCGUACCCGGCUCACAUUGUCCCCUCCUUGAGCUGUCCUUGUUAGGGGUCAGGAUGAGCCUAGGUUCCAACCAAGGCAGUUUGUGUUCUAUAAUGAUGAGAUUGUUGGAUCCAUGGGUCCCAUGUGUCUGGGUAUCUAGUUGUGUGACUUGAAAGGGAGUACCCUAUCUCCUCCAUAGCUCUGAUACAUUCUACUCUAGAGAACCAUUCCUCUAUUGGGGGUGGGGUCUGUUGUUUCCAGUACUUGAUAAUAAGGGCCUUGGCAGCUGUCAACAGAUAGAAUUCCCACCAGAUGUGUAAGUAUGUGCCCCUGUUCCCUCCACACGUACAGCGCACAUCUGGAACCUGCGGAUAGAUGCGGUGUAACCGCGUGGGCGCACUACACCAUCUACUGAUUUUAUGUAUUUUAAGGUAUUUUCGGGGUUUUGUAAAAAUGUGUGUUUUUUGUGUUUGGAGAUAAUUGAGUUUAGUAUAGUGCUUGACUCAAUUAUCUCCUAAGUAAAGGGUUAUUGUAUUGUAUAGGGAAGUGUCAUGCAUUAUAACACUGGGAUUAUUGAUCUGUGACUUUGUAACAUGUGUGGCACCAUUAAAAUCAGUUCCUCUUCACCCUCAACAUAGAGCCUCGUCUCAUGUGUGGAGGGGACAGCUAUAUUCACUCUGGGGAUUGCUAUACUCCUUAUACUCCCUGGAAUUAUAACCACUAGCUCCUAAAAGAGCUGUUCCUGCUAUACUCUCUGGAGUAGGAGAGGUUCACCCACUGGAAGCUGGAUCCUGGUCUUGGAUCCAGGGUGGGUGGAGGAUGGCGAGAUCCUCAACCAAGCUGCGGUGGUUUGUGGGAGUCUACGGUGCUGAUGGUGUCUGUUGGAGUGCUUGGAGUCCUCGUGAGCUCUAGGUGUUUCGAUAGGCGGAGGCACCCAGUUGGGGUGCCAGGUGGUCCAUCACAUUGGUUUUAAUUUUAAACUUUGUCGAAAAAAACCCUCACAACAUUGAGAAGCUGCUAGACUGAGGAUCCACGUCUCACGGUUAACUGUCAACUAAAAACAGGUCAAAGCUCUUCUCGGAAACGUCAAAAAAGUAGCACCACCCGAAAACUUGAGUAAAAUCAAAUAGCCUAAUUUCUUCAUAGUAAAAUCGCCAUAAAUGUAUCAGGGAACCACGACCACCAUCUGUGUAAUAAUGCAUUUUGUGCACUUCAUCAGAGGUCUGCCUAUCCUGGGUACAAAUGGCCAUUUUAUCCUUGCUGGAUAUAUUUUCAUAUAAUGCAGAGCAAGAGAGAAUGUGAACAAACAGGAGGAGGGGCAGGUAUGCAUGAACUGAUACAUUUACUGUAACAUAAGGUGAGUGGAACCUUAGCUUACUGAAUAGAACGCUUUGUAUUCUUCACAGCAACAUGCACACCUUCCCCUGCCCCGCCCACAGCUGGAACGUCACGCUCUGACGUCACCGUUACCAGCAGACCCCGCCCCCCGUCUCCUGGGGCUUCAUUCCCGCCAACGACGAAUGUACUUCCACACCGGAAGUGCCGCCAUCUUGUUUCCUGUUGCGUUGCGACACACACUCCCCCUGUAUUCCGCCCUGUGUGUUGUUGUGUUUCCGUCGGCCGCUGCUCAUUUCCGUUCGCAGGAGGCCGGAGAGUUUGAAAAGGAGAAGAAGUGCGGUAAGUGCGCCAUUCCCAGCACAGCCAUGUUAUGUUCUGAGAUAGUUUGCCAGCAAGCCGUGUGACACGGGCGGCUCGGGGGAUCCCCACUGUCACGUGCCACAGUGGAAAUUAACGGCUUCUGUGCCUUCUGUGACUGAGAACUACACUUCCCAUGAUGCUCAGUCUGUUCAGUGAGUGGCUGAGGAUCAUGGGUAAUGUAGUAGACUUAGUGGCAUAGCUGUGUGUUUGUAGGUGGUGUGUAUAUAUAUAUUGAUAUGGCUUUAUUAUAACUUGGAGGCCAUGGCAGUGGCUUGGCUGAGCAUGGUGGGAAACGCAGUCCCUAGAUGACACAGCUUCAUGUCUAAGUGUAUUUGUGUGUUGGCUUGACAGGAGCAGUACCAGGAUGGGAAACAGUCCCCAGAUCACACAGCUUCAUGCUGAGUGUAUUUGCGUGUUGGCUUGACAGGCGCAGUAAUGGGGUGGGUAAGAUGAGUAUGGUGGGAAACAGUCCACAGAUGACACUGCUUUGUGUCUAGCGUAUUUGUGUGUUGGCUUGACAGGAACAGCAAUGGGGUGGGUAGGCUGAGUGUGACUUAUGCACUGAGGGGUAGGCAAUCUUUGUCACUCGCCGAUGUUGUGGAUUACAUCUCCCAUUAAUGUGGUUCUAAACUCCUAAUUGCUUUAAAUCCCGCAGAUGUUAAAAAAAAUAAAAUUUAAGGUUUGUUUGCAGAUUUAAUAACAUAGUCCAUUCUCAGGCUGUGUUUUGCUUCUAUCUAGGAGCGUGAAAUCUUAAAGGACCACUAUAGGCACCCAGACCACUUCAGCUCAAUGAAGUGAUCUGGGUGCCAGGUCCAUCUAGGAUUAACCCUGCCUGCAGUAUGCUAUGUUUACAUUAGGGUUAAUCCAGCCUUUAGUGGCUGUCUCAUUGACAGCUACUAGAGGCGCUUCUCACUGUGAUUUUUCACAGUGAGAAGACGCCAGCGUCCAUAGGAAAGCAUUGAGAAUGCUUUCCUAUGGAAUGGCUGCGUGCGUGGCUCUUGCCGCGCAUGCGCAUUCUGACGAUUACAUCAGAAGAGAGAGGAGAGUCCCCAGAGGGAGCCCGGCGCUGGAGAAAGGUAAGUGUUUAACCCCCUUCCUCCCCCUUCAGCCCAGCAGGAGGGGGGCCCUGAGGGUUUGGGGGUCCCAAGGAUGCUAUAGUGUCAGGAAAACGAGUUUGUUUUCCUGGCACAAUAGUGGUCCUUUAAAGGAUUCCUGUCCCUAUAGUGUUAACGCAAUCUAGCCCUCUUCUCCUAAAUGUAGUAAAAUAUUACUUUUAUGCCAGUCUGCUGCUGCUGGCUCUGCCCCUGAUCUGCGUGUUUGGCUGACAUCAGAAGUGAUGUUCUGAGCCAGUCACAAGGCUUUCCCAGAGGAAAACAUUGGAUUGGCUGAGCUUGUCAAGAAAGCAGUUCAGGGGCAGAGCCAGCAUGAGCCCUUGCCAAUCAGCAUCUCCUUACAGAGGUGUAUUUAAUCGGUGCAUCUCUGUGAGGAAAGCAGAGGGUGGAGACACUGAAUGGCAGUGCUGCCCCAGGAAGCACCUCUAAUAGCCAUCUGAAAAGUGGCCAGUGGAGGUAUCCCUAGGCUGCAAUGUAAACACUGCAUUUUCUCUGAAGACAGUGUUUACUGCAAAAAGCCUGAAGGGAAUGAUUAUACUCACUAAAACAAAUACAUUAAGCUGUAGUUGUUCUGGUGACUAUAGUGUCCCUUUAUGUAGUGUUUCGAAGUAUACAUUAGUUUUUUGUCGUCUCUCCCCCACCUCCCUCCUACAUGUGCCAUAAUCACUUCACAUCAUUGGUUUGGUGCAGGGAGUCAAGUGGGCACUGUAGAUCAGUUUCCUGUCAAAUUCCUUUAGUGGCAUUACAAAAAAACACAUAUUUGAAAGUUGAAGCUUUAACUACCACACUACAAAAGUAUGGCUUUCUCGUAAUUGCCUUUGCAUAAGCAUUUAUUUUUCCAUCUGGCUACUUAAGAAUACUUGUCAGGAUGCACGAUAUAGACAUGCAUUUCAGUCUUGUUCCAGAGCAGUGAUUGCAGAUAGAACAUCCUGCUUCCUGUAGUUCAACUGCACUAUGCAUGACAGCACAUCAUGUGGUGCAUUUAGAAAAAAACAGUAAAUUAUAUUAGAUAUAUUUAUACACUGUGUGCCACACAGUUAAGUUUAUUAAAUAUUCAUAAGACUACAUGUCAGGAUUCUGUAGGCUCUUGGUUGAAAACAAAGCAAUUAAAGAGAAACUGUUUCAGUAUAUCCUUCAGAUACAUUCAGUGGAGCUGUAGACCUCUUACUCAUCAGCACAAUUGGGUUCUAUUUGAUAAACUGUUUUAUCUCAAAGAGCAGUUUUGAUUAUCACACAGAAUAAGUAGAACUGUUUAGUGAACUGAUUGUAGCUAUGGCUAUAUGGUUUCUGUCAGUUUAUCCUUGAUGGCAGGAGGGCUCUGUCCAAGUUGUCUACAGUGACACACACCACACAUUUGGAAUUUGCACAGGCAACCCAUAACUCUUAUUCUGGGCUCAGGUGAUUGACAGCUCUAUUCUUUAAAAAUAUCUGCAUGUCAAAGCCACUCUUAAAACAACGAUGAAUAUUUUCUAUAGGCUCUACACACUUUUACCUUUGCAAUUGUUAAAACUUGCUAUGAUGCUUAGUGACUCUUUAGAGGGACAUUGCACUGUACAUGGGUCAAGCCCAGCCUGAAGUGGUUGGAUUGAAAAAAAGUUUUAUUUUUAUUGUAUUCUCCUAAAUCCAGAUGUUACUGUAAUUGUGACUGAAGCAAACUUAUUUAUGUUGCAUAUCCUUCUUUAUGCUGGAGAUGGUUUUUCUUCAUUGUAGUUUUAAUCCAUAUUUCAAUGUUUGUUUGUUUUUUUACUUUUAUAUAAUUUAUAAAAAUUGGUGCGCUCAGGUGGGAAAAAGAGGUUAAGAUACAGGGAGCUAUGUAGAAGCAGAUUAGAUGGUUUAUUUUGGUGACAAAUCAACUAUAAACAUUCUACUGCUCAAUUCUUAUCCAGAUGUCCACUUCUACUUUCAAACCACAGUGCCGUCAGGCUGCUCAUACCACUGCCUUCUUGAUAGCUUAUCCCACUAGUACUGCCCCGGUAUACAUUUCUGCUGGCCACUACUCCCACAUCAGGAUAACAAAUGGCUUGCUCACUCUUCCUUCCGCCAUUUACUAAGAGGGUAAUAUGGCAUGCAUUGUUUUUAUAAUCUAACUGCUGUUACGCAUAAUCUUUGUAUUAUUCCUUACAUUUUCAGGCCUGCUUUUCUGAUAUUACUCCAGCCAUGACAAAGAGGGAUUCUGAGGACUUAAUAGAGAUAGAAAUUGAUGGCUCAGAGAAGACAGAAUGCACAGAAGAAAGGUAUAGUUGCUCAGAUGUAAUUUUUCCCUCUAAACAGGCCUUUAUAUGCCUAUUGGGAUCAUUACUAUAACCCUUUUGAGAUGGGGUACCUUUUUGGUGUAAAAUGCCCUGUUGGGCACUGCAGAUAAGGUUCCCACCUUUCAAUUGGUAGUAAAAUCUGCAAAAGAAAGUGUUGCUUAUCUUGAAUCCAGCACUGGACAAACCUCCCAGCACUGAUCUUCCACGCUUCCUCCUGAUGUCACUGGGGCCACACGUCCGAUGGGAUUGGACCAUUUCACCGGCUCAGAGCGCAUGCUCCGGGACUGUGAGGGGAGUAUUUUUAAGAAAAAUAAGUUAAUGACGCAUGAGGGUAGUAGUAGCUUCUCCUUGUAGGGGAUAAUUUAAAGGGACACUAUAGUUACCAGAAAAACUACAGCCUAUCGCAUUUGUUCUGGUGAGUAGAAUCAUUGACUUCAGUUUUUUGCUGUAAACCCUGUCUUUUCAGAGAAAAUGCAGUGUUUACAUUACAGUCUAGUGAUAACUUCACUGGCCACUCCUCAGAUGGCUGCUAGAGGUGCUUCCUGGUGCAGUGUUGCACAGUGAGCAGCACUGCCAUUCAAUGUCUCCUCCUUCUGCAUGCAGGCAUUGAACUUUCUUCUUAGAGAUGCAUUGAUUCAAUUUAGGGGCAGAGCCAUCAGCGGCAGACUCUAUUUACAAGUACGAUUUUACUAUAUUUAGGGGUGCCAUAGGGACUAGAUUGUGGUUUAAACACUAUAGGGUAAGGAAUACAUGUUUGUGUUCCUGACCAUUAACGUCUUUGAGCAUUCAGUGCACGCUAACAACUGACGUUAAACAUGCACAGAAAUGACAUUAAGCAGCCUUGAACAGAGUUCUGGGGGUGCAACUAGCCCCAGCACAUAAUUACCGUAUAUACUCGAGUAUAAGCCGACCCGAAUAUAAGCCGAGGCCCCUAAUUUUACCCCAAAAAACUGGGAAAACUUAUUGACUCGAGUAUAAGACUAGGGUGGGAAAUGCAGCAGCUACUGGUAAAUUUCUAAAUAAAAUUAGAUCCUAAAAAAAUUAUAUUAAUUGAAUAUUUAUUUACAGUGUGUGUAUAUGAUGAAUGCAGUGUGUGUGUAUGAGUGCGCAGUGUGUGUAUAAAUGCAGUGUGUAUAUGAGUGCGCAGUGUGUGUGUAUGAGUGCAGUGUAUGUGAGUAUGAAUGCAGUGUGUGAUGUAUGAAUGCAGUGUGUGUGUAUGAAUGCAGUGUGUGUAUGAAUGCAGUGUGUGUGUAUGAGUGCAGUGUAUGUGUGUAUGAAUGCAGUGUAUGUGUGUAUGAGUGCAGUGUAUGUGUGUAAUGCAGUGUGUGUGGUGCAGUGUGUGUGUAUGAAUGCAGUGUGUGUGAUGCAGUGUGUGUGUAUGAAUGCAGUGUGUGUGAUGCAGUGUGUGUGUGAUGCAGUGUGUGUGUGAUGCAGUGUGUGUGUGAUGCAGUGUGUGUGAUGCAGUGUGUGUUUGUGUUGCAGAGCCUUGGUGGGGGGUGGGCAUUUUUAUAAAAAAAAAAUAUUAUUAUUUACAUUUUUUUUUGUUAUAUUAUUAUUUUUUUAAUAAUUUUUUUAUUAUUAUUUUUAUUAUUUAUAUUUAUUAUAGUUUUUAGUUCAUUUUUUUGUUAUAUUAUUAUUUUGUUUAUUAUUAUUUUAUUAUUAUUAUUAAUUUAUUUAUUUUUCGUCCCCCCUCCCUGCUUGAUACAUGGCAGGGAGGGGGGCUCUCCUUCCCUGGUGGUCCAGUGGCAUUGGCAGUUCAGUGGGGGGAGGAGGGGGGCUGGCAGAGCUGUUACUUACCUCUCCUGCAGCUCCUGUCAGCUCUCUCCUCCUCCGCGCCGGUCCGUGCAGCUCUUCUGUCAGCUCACACUGUAAGUCUCGCGAGAGCCGCACUAUGACCCCGCGGCUCUCGCGAGACUUACACUGGGAGCUGACUGAGGUGCUGCACGGACCGGCGCGGAGGAGGAGGGAGCUGACAGGAGCUGCAGGAAAGGUAAGUAACAGCUCUGCCAGCCCCCAGUCUGUAUUAUGGCAAUGUAAAUUGCCAUAAUACAGACAGUGACUCGAGUAUAAGCCGAGUUGGGGUUUUUCAGCACAAAAAGUGUGCUGAAAAACUCUGCUUAUACUCGAGUAUAUACGGUAACAGUAUUUCUGGCUGUGCAGUGUUUCUACCUAAAACAUUGCACAUACUGACUCCUAGCACCAUAACCACUUAAAAUCUCUGAAGCAGUCAUGGUGGUUGGAGAAACCCUUAUGAACACUCACAUGAAGAAUGGCUUUAUAGUAAUACAAAUACUUGUCAAUGAAUUAAUAUAUGCAUUCUGAUUAUCAAACUAAACACACACCUGUGCCCCUCAAAGUGUACACCACUGCAAACAAAGUGUUCACAAACAUAAAAGUAAAGUGGUUGAGUGUUAUUCAUACAACCAAUAUAUAUUAAAUAACCUCUUCAUAAAAUGCUUAUGUGAAGUUCAUACACAUUAAACAGUCUAGUGUAAUCAAUGUGUUACACAAAAUCCCUUCUUUUAUGUAGUACACAGUUAAGUAAAUAAUCACAAAAAUAUAGCUGCCUUUUAUGAAGUGGGCUGUUCUUUGCAGCUCCUUACUAAAAAGGAAAUAAAUAACAUAGUAUAAUAUUUAUUACAGAUAAAAUACAACACAGGGUAUAAUGCCUUACACUAGAUUUUGUGGGACCCUAAUAUGGCUUUCCACUAAUGUGCUUGAUGAAUGUUACCCACUGUUUGCCUCCUAUGGAAUAUGCAUGAAUAAUGAAAGACCAGAUCUGUAUUACCGUGUUUAGUUCUGAAUUAGGGAUGCCAAUUUCUGCCUCAGGAUUGUUCCUGAUGGUUUGGGCAGAACUCCGUAUCUCCAAAGACUUCUGUGUCCACAACGUGACUAACCAGUAACAGAGUAUGCUGAUAUGUUUCGGCUGGGGCAUUGUCAAAGUAGUACCUGUCAGUCCUACUAACACAUUUAAAUAGCCCCAAGAGCAAGGUAUUCUAAUAACCAGUAAAGUCCAUUUGUGAGUUAAUAUUGUUCUGUAUGUCCUCAUCAAAGUCCUCCUAAAAAUACCUCUACAUUACUGUGAGAUAAUUGAGUCCUAUUGUCCUAAACAUAACCACUCAGAAUAUCCUAUGACCGAUAAUAAUUAACACCAAAGCUUACCUUAAAGUGGGAGAGAAAAUACAUCCUUUUAUCAUCACACAUAGAGGGGAAUCUCUACUAAACAUUUUUCAAUAUUUAAUGUUAAAGCAUCUAAAAGUAUUUCAUUGUAGGAGAUAUAAGGAUAAAAAUACUUUUACACUCCAAAAUAUACCUAAUCCAUAUAAAAAAAUAUACCUCAAAACUAUAUACACUUAAGAAAUACCUAAACAAAGGGAGAGUAAAUAUCAGUUUCUAUGUGGAUUCAUAUGAUCACAUGGCAUCUAUACAUCAUCAGUGAGGAGCGCAAGACAUAAAAAUGCAAACUAAAAUACUACUUGCAUAUACCGGUGGUCCUCAUUUAGUGACCUACCUGUUUUACGACGGCUUGCACUUACGACCAGGCGUAAGUGCGAGAUGUCGUGGUGCACAUGUCUAUGUUCUGGGAAAUUUCCUCUAACAUAGACAAACACACGAGAGCAGGGAAUCCCUCUAAUCUAUGUUCGGAAAAUUUCCCCGAGCAUAGAUUAGAGGGAUUCCCUGCUCUGGUCAGUUCGUCUAUGUUUGGGGAAGUUUCCCCGACCAUAGACAGACGAACGCACCAGAGCAGGGAAUCCCCGAACUCCUCACUUACCGACCAAUUCGUUCUACGACCAUGUUGUAGGAACCUGGUCGGUAAGUGAGAAGUGUGAGUACUUUUUUCCUUUUGUUUUGAAGAACCUGCAGUGAUUGCAUGCACAAUUACACAUUGCAUCUAAAAUGUGGAAGCCUUACGUGACCUUUAACGUUGGCACUGGUUUCAUAAUGCUUAUUGUUAAUGAAUAUACCUAGCUAAUUGUGUGUAUGUUUAGCUUACCUCCUAUUUUGACACUUGGCCAAGUUAUAUUUAGCUUGAUAUGUUAAGGGUUAUUGCACAUUAACUUGUUCCCAGAUUGUUUGUCCUGUAAUGUUCUUUUUAACAAGCAUUGGGCAGCUGCAAGACCUUGGCUAAACAGCCAUGGUGUGUUUUGUUGGCUGUUUAUCUCAAAAUGUGUUUUAUUUUGCGUUGCAGUCAGCGUGUCAUCUAUUUAAUUUUUUUGAUAGUUUAUUUAGUAUGUGUAACAGAUCCCCUAAACUCUGACUGAGUAUAUCUGCUAUAAUUCUCCCAAGUCCCAAGUGAAGCAGUGAUUAUAGGUCUGACAUACCCAAACAUUAGCGUAGACUUGAUGAAGGGUACAGGAAGACUGACUUUAUUAUGGCUCAGUGAAUACAGUAAAACAUGCCCCUUAAUUUCUGUGUCAGAAUGACUAAGCAUAAAACAUAAAAAGGCCCCAAAACAUCAUAAAAAUAUAAACCCACAAAAUUUACAUCCUUAAAUUGCCCUGAUCUGAACGCCAAAGUUCUCCAAAAAGCGCUCAGAUCCAUGCAGUAUAGGGGAAAUCCCACCAUGUGAACGUUCUUAUCGGCUGCGCACAUGGUCCUAUGCCCAAAACAAUUACAGGGCGUUUGUUGCUUUGGACGGUCAACUUUUGGGAGCUCCUCUGGCCGCAAUACGGGGUGCUCUGCCUAGGUGUCGGCUAGCGUGCUUCCCCCUUGAUCUCAGACACCUUCCCUCCAAAAAGCGCACUCCUGACAGAUUUCAAAGUCAUUCAAAACUCCAGACCAAGUUGUCUGGGAGCCACACGGCUACCUAAUACCAAAAACAGUUCCAUAACUAUUGCGACGAAGUACGACUGAAGCCAAUUUGUGCCUUUCUUCAUGCUAAUGGCCACCAGGAUACUAGUGUUUGAUUCCAUUCGAAUGAAGGGAAAGUGCCAAACCAAGGGCACCCAGGGAAAGCUGCUAAUGGCGGCUGGGGAGAUUUAACUCCUGAACAGGGUCUUUGUAAGUGGCCCAUAGUCCUUGGGCAAGAGGCUAGCUAGCAGGCUCCUGCAGGAGUUUGUGGCAAACGUCCCGGGUAAGGAGCGUUUCACAGUAUCGAUUUAGAACAGCAUGACAGUGAAGCAUUGGUGCUGCGGGUGGGGGCUAUUGUUUUCACUGUGAAUGCUAUAUUAUUUUAAACAACAAAUUAUCAGAAACAGAUUUUUUUUUUUUUUUUUUUUUAAAUAUAUGGAAUGGAUCAACACUUUGUGAUUUUAGAAUCUGGACUGCUGGUUACUAUUAUAACUGAUAGUGUUGUUGUAAACCUGUUCGCAACCUCAGCCCUGGUCCUUAUUAGUUGAAGCACUUCAAAGUGUAACACACACACCACAGGUUUGUUAGAAACAUCGUUUUGCACUUUAAAGAAAGCACUGCAUGAAAAUCAGUCUUCCUGUUUUAUAUAAGCUAUCUAAUCUAUCUCACCAUGAUGAGACUUACCAUGAGGGUUAGACAAUGUGCUAACUUUUUUUGUUUGCUUACUUUCAAGUAUCAUCGAGCAGACCUAUACAACUGCAGAGUUUGUGAGCCAGUCUAUUGACAUAAAUGAACCUAUUGGAAAUCUCAAAAAGUUGCUGGAGCCCAGACUUCAGUGUUCACUUGACGCCCAUGAAAUCUGCCUUCAAGACAUCCAGGUAUGAGUCAUAAUUUGCUUUUGAAAUAUUUUUAUACCUAGAGUAUUCAAAAUAAUUUCUCAGGUUCCUUUAAUUAGCUCAUUAUGAAAGAAUAUUUAUAUGGUUUUAAAUGAUUUGGUAAAACUCAAACAUGUGAAGUAUAGUUAUUUUUUAACCUCUUUAGACCUGCCAGAGUAAAAGUUGCCCUGCGAUUGAAUAUAAUUGUGAAGACUGAAUUUGUAUAAUGGAAUGGAUUUAAAGCAACACUCGUUAUGAAUACAAACCUGUAUUCAUAACGUUAUCAUAUUCCCCUACCUAUAUAGAUGUCUACCUCCCUUUGCAGGGUUUUGAAAGGUAAGUUUACUUACCUUACAUUAGGGGUUCUUAAAAGGUAGAUCCCCACAUGUUGUAGAACUACAACUCCCAUGAUGAUUUGCAUGCGUUUAGAAUGACAACGCGUCAUGGAAGCUGUAGUUUUAAAACAUCUGGGGAUCUACCUUUUGGGCACCCCUGCCUUAGAUUUUCCAUGCGGCUGGUCGAUCUCCCUGGACGAGAUCAUCACAGUUGAUGAUCUCAGACAAUCUAGUGGGGGGCUAGUGCGCAUGUGCAGCAAAAUCCACUGUGAGGCUAGUGCGCAUUCCCAGCAAAACACAGAACCACUCAAAUUCUCUCUACGAGAGUCACUUGAUCUAUAAGUUUCGCUUUUAUAGCUGUGAAAGCGCCUCUAGUGAUGUCUUCCUUUUUGUCUGUAAAGACAUGUUAACCCAGCAAAAUGGCAAUGUAUUAAUUUUCAGGGUUAGAAUAACAGUGACAUGACACCCAGACUAUUCCAUUGAGGUGAAGUGGUCGGGGUUCCUAUAUGAGUCCCUUUUAAGUUUUACAAAGUAGAAAAAUGUAUGGUAACUCCAUAGAGGGCUAGUUUCAUCACACCAAUUGUUAAAUGUAAGGGGACUCUCGAAGCAUUAGAACUACUUUUUAACUUAAUUUAGAAACUUUGGUGUAUAGAUCAUGUCCCUGCAGUCUCACUACUCAAUUCUAUGCCAUUUUAACCUUCACUUGCUAUUACUCACACAGCCCCUACACACCAUGCAAAAGAGCUCAACCUUUUAAACUCCCUUUAUUGAACUGAUAAUGUGUUUAAAUUAUCUACUGUUAUGUUAAUUGCUUGCAUCAGCCUCCUGUGUCAUUAAAUGUCAAUUAGAUAAGCAGGAGAUGACCUCUAAACCCACUCUACUGUAAAAUUAAAAGAAAGAUUUUUCAUAGAAGCUGUGUGAGUCAAAACCAGGACUGCAUAAACAGUGAUUUAACUCCUAAAUGGCUAGAAAUUAGGAGUAUUCCUGACCCUGAUCUCGGCCAAUCACAAUGCUCUCCCAUAGGAAAGCAUUGAAUUGGCUUAGAUUGUCAAUUCUGAUUAUCGCAGCCAAGAAAGCAGGAUGGGGCAGAGCCAAACACCACCCUGGCCAGUCAUUAUCUCCUUAUAGAGAUGCCUUGAAUUAAUGCAUCUCUAUGAGGAAAGUUCCAUGUCUCCACGCAUAGGGUGGAAAUACUGAAUGUCAGUGCUGUGGCACUGCCCAGGAAGCACUCUAGUAGCCAUCUGAAGAGUGGCCACUGGAGGUGUCCCUAGACUGUAAUGUAAACACUGCCUUUUCUCUGAAAAGACUGUUAUUACUGCAAAAAGCCUGCAGGGACAUGCUGUACCAGCCAGAACAACUACAUUAAGCUGUAGUUGUUCUGGUGACUAUAGUCACUUUAACUCCAGCUCUAGUGGCUGUCUACCAGACUGUUGCGCAUGUGCAAUAGGUUUCCUUUGUAGUUGGAAUCAGGCAAAUGAUAGAAGUGGGGGUGGGGGGGGAGGGAGGUGACAAAGGGGUGCACUAUAGAUGUCAAAUUCCCUUGUAUAAAUACCCUGUUUUACAUAAAUAUAUACUUUUUAUGUUUUGCAGUUUUGUUUUCUGUGAUGGCUAUUAAACUUAAACAAAAUAACAAAUUGUACUUCGUGACCUGUGACUACCAAAUAUUAUUACUGAAAUAUUUGACAUAUGAUGUACACUGUAAAUUAGGACAAAUUUAAUUUUAUUUUGAAUUACUUUUCUUAAGCUGCACUUAUAAUGCACAAAUUAUUGACAAAACUGAAGUUUUUUUGUUUUUUAUUAUAGAGAAUUUUGUAACACCCUUUUUGUCCUUAAGAAAACAACAAAGCUUUUAAACAAACCAAAAUAAAUGCCAGCAAAAUUUUAAAAAGUAUGUUAUAAACGUUUAUAAAUGUAUUAUAAACUUGGUCAGAUUGCAUUGUUGGGCACACCACAUAGCUAGGAGGGUUUCUUCAGCCCCCACUUUUUCCCACCCACUAAUCCAGUCCAGACCAAUCCACUAAUAUAAAUAGGACACCAUUGUGUAGCAGCAGUAAAAUUCACAUUCUUCCUGCACUUACCAACACAACAGGGAGCGAUAAACCAGACACAGGAGCCUACUGUGCAUGAAUCACACUGAUCAAAUUCAACCUCUACUCCACCUAUCAGUAUUUUUUAACCCCUUAAGGACCAAACUUCUGGAAUAAAAGGGAAUCAUGACAGGUCAUGUGUCCUUAAGGGAACAGAAUUCAUAGGAAUAGGUAACUGGUUAGAUCAGUGUCCCCCUCAUAGAGUGGUUGUGGACAACAUGAGAGAAGCUUUUAAAUGACAGAGUUGUCUCAAUGUUAUACAAGUCCCUUUUUAGUACAAAACAAACAAACUGAAGCUUGGUUAUUACGGGCAUAUACAACUACUGCAAGACCUCAUCGUCUUCCUAGUGCAGGCUUUUUAAGGCUGUUCAGUCAUAGCCUUAUAGGUCAUUCAGAAGUCUUUGCAAGGCAAGUACUCUGGAUAGCUGCCUGCCUCUAGAGUUUAGCUCCACAGAGCCAAAUUACUGGUAUUAGUGUUGUGGUAAACCGUGUUCAGAUAAAUGGCUUAAAUAUUCUGUAUGCAACUUUUUUCUAUGACAUGUCAUUGUUUUUGAUUGUAUAUUAAGCUUUAUAUUUUUUGUUUUUAUUUGUUUUAAUAGCUUGAUCCUGAGCGAAGCUUAUUUGACCAAGGAGUAAAAACAGAUGGAUCAGUACAGUUAAGCGUGCAAGUAAUAUCCCAGCAAGGUUUGUACUCUGCCCCUAAAUAGUCUGAUACAUUCAGUAGUUAUAUUUUACUUGGUGGACAUGCAUUUGUUAGGGUCAUGACAAACUUAAAUAUCCUCCAAUUCCAAAUCCCUAAUUUUACUUUGCUUUAUCAUGUGAGAUAUCAGUCCAAAAGACCAUGGAAAGAUCUUGUAAAAAUUACUUGGCUACCUUUAAGUCCACUGUAAUCUAUGCAAUUGUGUUUGUGUUGUCUAUAAUGACAGAUCAGGGUUUGAAAGGAAAUGUAUCAGAAUAUCAGUGGGUGGGUUAUGAAGUUCAAAAAUCCUCUAACUUUUAUGAUCCAACACAAUACACUUUGUUGACUUUUUCUUUUCAGGACUAGAGCCAAAGUUAAAUAUAAUUGAAAUCGUAAAGCCAGUGGAGACUGUUGAGGUGGUGAUUGAUCCAGAUGCCCAUCAUGGUGCUGUUGAAGCCCAGUUGGUGGAGGAAUCACAUGUGAUAACCCUGGAUGGCACAAAACACAUAACAACCAUUUCAGAUGAAACAUCAGAACAAGUGACCCGGUGGGCAGCAGCAUUAGAAGGCUACAGAAAGGAACAAGAACGUUUAGGGAUACCAUACGGUAAAAUAGCUACACUGACUUCAAAACAUCCUCUCCCCCUACCUUUUCUCAGCUGAUUUAGAAUUUUUUUUUAGUUCUUGUUCUAGUAACUGUGCAUUCUUAAAAGAGAAAUGAUAGAUAAGGGGAAGAUGAGCUUUUUUAUACUGCAUUUCAAAGUAUUGAAUAAGAGACUACAAAAUAGCCUCCUUGUUUCUGAGCCUCACGAGCUCUUUUAGAAUGUUAUCAGCCACUGUGUUUGUGUUGCUCUCACUUAGUAAAGCUGCAGAGGUGGCUCUUCAGUACAGUAAUUUGAAACUCACUGUAUUAUCUCCAGAAUAGAAGUGUGAGGAUGUCAUUUUUGUAUUCAUGUAUUAUUUAGUAUCAGUUGGCAUUGCUCUGUUUUCUUCUGUAAUGUAAUAUUUUGUUUUUCAGAUCCACUACAGUGGUCUACAGACCAAGUCCUUCACUGGGUCCUAUGGGUAAUGAAAGAGUUUUGCAUGACUGACAUAAAUUUGAAUGCUAUUGGUAUCCCUGGAAGAGACUUGUGUAAUCUUAGCCAAGAAGAUUUCUUCCAAAGAGUUCCCAGGGGGGAGAUUUUAUGGAGUCAUUUGGAGCUACUUAGAAAGUGUAAGAUACAGCUUUAAGAUUGUAAUACAUAUAUUAUGAAAAAUUAUUUUAUUUAAAUUUUUUUUAUUUUAAUACAUUGCUUAAUAAAUGUGGUGCAAUUAGUGUGUAAACAUUUAACCAUUUAAAUUACUAAACCUAUAUUGCUGAUUUGCAGCAAUCACACUUAUUAUUUAAGUGACACUAUAGUCAACAGAACAACUACAGCUUGUUGCAUUUGUUCUGGUGACUAGAAUCAUUACCUUCAGGCUUUUUGCAGUAAACACAUCUAUAAAAAAUAAAUGCAUUGUUUACAUUACAGCCUAGUGAUAACUAACUUCACUGGCCACUCUUCAGAUGGCUGCUAGAGAGGCUUCCUGAGGCAGUGCUGCACAGUGUCUCCACCCUCUGCAUGCAGACUCUGAACUUUCCUCAUAUAGAUGCAUUGAUUCAACAAAUCUCUAUAAGGAGAUGCUGAUUGGCCAGGGCUGUGUUUGUCUCUGCCCCGAUCUGCCUUCUUGACACUCAGCCAAUACAAUGGGAAAGCAUUGUGUUUGGCUCAGAGAAUAACUUUUGAUAAUGUCAGCCAGGCAGGUCAGGGGCAGAGCCAGCAGCUGCAAACUACUAAAGUAAGAUUUUACUAUACUUAGAGAGAUGGGGCGGGCGGAUUUGACACUACAUGGUCAGGAAUAUAUGUUUGUGUUAUUGGCCCUAUUGUGUUCCUUUAAACAGAUGCAGAUACUCUGCACACUUUACAUUCUUUUUCUGUUGUACAUAACAUACAAUCCUCAAUUUUUUUGUUUGGCUUCUUUUCAUCAGAAAAAAAAAAUUUCAUGUUUGUUUUUAAGUAACUGUAAGGAAAAUAGUUAAAAAUACAUUGGUGAAUAGUUUUGGCAGUUUUAAUUUUCAUACAUGCAAGAACUUGCAUGUCUGAUAUAAGGAUAAUAGCUCUUGUGUAAUGUUAUUAAUAUUGUUAUUGUACAUAAAUUUAACCUCUUAAGGGACCAUUUUUAGCGCUUUUUAUAUGCGUUCAUUGUACCACAGUUAUAUCAUUUUUUUUAUUUUUAUUUUUUAAAUAAGGCUUUCUUUUGACACUCCAUAAAGCCCUGCUGUCAUACAGUCCUUAUGGGGUUAAAAUGUAUUCCCAUUAAUCCUUUCUAGUGUCCUCUCCAAGUCAAUUUAUAUAGUUUAAUCUUUUAUUGUAAGGAAUGAUCUGACAAUAAAGGUUCUCUGAAAUAACCCAAGGACAUCAUCCAUUAUUUGUUAUUAGGGAAUUCAGAAAUGAAGAUCUCCGCAAGUUAUCUUUUAGAAGGUGAUCCUUUGUCUGCUGUGUAGAUGACACUAAGCUGGUGUAUAACACAUUCAAUACUCAUUUGUCAAUUAAGUGUGGCCAGAUGAAAGAUGAAUUUAAGUAGAUGGAAACAGAAAAAUUUACAUUUCACACUCCAAAAUAAGACUGCGUCGUUUUGAUAGAGUACAUUUUUUAAACAGUUGUUGGCUGUUUAUUGGGUGUGUGCAUAUAUAUUUUAUUUUUCACCUUUAAAUAUGUGGUUCUGUUCUAAAGUCACUCAGUAAUACAUGCAAAUGAAUUUGCUUCCAUGCUGCAGAUAUAUUUUGCUGACCUUUAUAAGCAUGCAUGUUAACCUGUCAAUAGAGAAAGCAUAGAAAAUGUUUGUAACUUUAAAUCUUAACUACUUAAAAAGCUAAAUGUGCACACUGACCAUUCUAUUACUAAAGACAAAUGCCCAAAUGCCUAUUUACAAAACUUUUUUUUUUUUUUUGCCCCCCAGAUGUUUUGGCUUCCCAAGAACAUGGAGGUGAAAUCGCUACAGUUACCAUCGAUCAACGUACGUUUGUUAACAUUGUCCUUGGUUUAUCAAGUUAGCAAAUGGAGGUAUAUAGAAUUAAUUUGGCAGGAAAUGCUGGUUCUACCAUUCAUUUUCACAUGAUUGGCUUUUGUAUUUCCACGAAACACGGUCUUCUUUAAAAUGCUUACUAGCACUGGUAGAACUUUAGUGUGUAAGUAUCGCGUCUCAACGUGGAUUUUAUGCUCUGUGAGCCAAGGUAGGCCACAUACACUUUCUCCUUCUAGAACAUGAAAUUUCAACUUUGUCUCUCAGAUUCAGUAUUUGUGAUAAUUUCUUGAGGCUAGAAGUUAUUCCUCAGUGUUAAACUAGAGACAUUAUAGAAAUCUCUUUAAUAUUAAUAUGACACUGUACUAUGCAUUUUUAGUUUUAUAUUUAAAGUUCUAAACUUUGCAUUUUAGUGUAAUUGCAUUGUUUUUAUUUUUCGUCCUGUAAAGCUAGAGCGCAUUAGUGCACUUAUUAACAGCAGCCAACGGUUUUCUUUGUUUCUAUGUUUAUUCAUGAGAAGGUCAAUUUAACAGUGAAUUAAGUUUUGAAUGAUGAAUAAUUGAAAAAAUGGUAUGGGUUCACUGUAGUGAUUUACUUUUAUUAAUUUAUUUUAAGUAUUGGCUGCCAGAUAUCUAGUGAAAGGUAGUAAUGUUGUAUAUGAUAUAUUUCAAAAUUAUUUCCUGCAGCUGUACAAAUUAUACCAGCAUCAAUCCAGCAAGCUACUCCCACAACUAUUAAAGUAAUAAAUAGUCAGCCUAAGGUUUCAAAAAUUCAGCGGGCGCCACGGAUUUCUGGAGAAGACAGAAGCUCACCUGGAAACCGGACAGGUAAAUUCCAAUAAUUAUAUUUGUUUACUUUAGCCACAUCUCUGUGAUUACUAUAUUACAUAAGCCUUAUUUUGGGGAGGUUUAUAGGCUUGAAAUCAGUCUGUGUUUUUGGCAUGACUGGAUUGAUGUACAUCUUGGUUGGUAGCAGGGUGGGUUUAAUUCAAAGGAAACCUGUAAUCACAUCUCAAUGAACCCUUUAAUAGGUUGGUCACUCAUGUCUGGAGAGCAAUUUAAAUUAAAGGUGUUUGUCUGUAGAUUAACAAAGGGAUUAAAUUCUUUUUCUGACCUUUUUUGUAUGUUUACAACGUGACAUUUUUGCUGAGAAAGUAAGUGCAUGUUAUCUCUGUAAAAAACGGUUCAAAUAAUUCCUUAACAAUGUUAGGACAAAAUAGUACAUCCGAACAUAAUGGUGUGAGUAGGUUUAAAUCCCUACUCACACCAGGAGACCCAGGUAUCAGUCACUAUGUGGGUCUCACUAUAGCACUUUUAUAGCAGUUUAUGACCCCAAAUUUUAGGAUAAAGGAAUCCUGUGUCCUAUAUUCCCAAAAAUACUCUGUGUAUAAGUUUUCUUUUAUUUAUUUUUAGUGUAUGUUCUUUAAAAAAAAAAAAAAAAUAAUAAUAAUAAUUUAAGCAUAUUUUUUCCCCCUCCAUUUUAUUUAUAGUCUUUGGGUACAUUUUGGUGUGAGAAUAAACAUUCUUACACUGUUCUUGUCUGGCAUUAAAAAUUCUACCUAAGGCUUUACAGCAUUGCUCUUUUUCUUCAAAACAUCUGACCAUAAUAUUUUUUUGUUAGCUCAAAAAAUCUUAAAGGAAUACAAAAAUCUAUUCCAAACACUAUAGUGUUUUUUUAGAUUCACACAAAAAAUAUAUCCAGCAAUAAAGAAAUACAGUAUUGUGAUGGAAAAAAACACACUAUCUUCUUAGAUAGUGGUAGCCCUCUCCAGAAAUAUCCCAGACAAUAUUCCUUUCAUGUGAUACAAGACAACGGCAAACGUAUAGGAGAAAAGGACUGUAGAUCUACAAAUGCUUUCUAUUAUAUUUGUAGAACUAUAGUGUUUUUGUUUCCUUUUUUGUUCUAUAGGUGUGAAUAAAAACCCUUUGAAUCAGUGCUUUCCUAUUGGGAAUUUGAGGCCACCAGACGUCCUCUUGCAAAGUGUAAGGACACCAACAUAGUUUUUACAUUAGAAUACAGAGAGCGCUACAGUGUUUUGCAUUCAGGGUUAAGGGAACAGGGACAUUUCACCCAGACCACUUUAAUGGUCGUUUGAGUGCUUGUAUUGUCCAUUUAACUUGGUGCAAAUUUAAGUUUAGCUGAAGCAAUUUGCACUAUGGGACACUAGGUAGGUUUGCUAGAUUUCCUUUCAUUAUUUUUUUUUUUUUAAGGAAAUAAUGGGCAGAUCCAGCUCUGGCAGUUCCUUCUUGAGCUUCUCACUGAUAAAGAUGCAAGGGAUUGUAUUUCCUGGGUUGGAGAUGAAGGUGAAUUCAAAUUAAAUCAACCAGAGCUCGUGGCACAGAAAUGGGGACAGCGUAAAAAUAAACCCACCAUGAACUAUGAGAAGCUCAGCCGUGCUUUGCGGUAAGUGUUUUUUUGGGUUUUUUUUUCUUCAUUUUAUUCGCUAUGGUAAAUAUGCAAAAAUGUUCAGAUGUGUAUUAUAGCUCCAUGGUUGGCAACAGUAAUUGAGCAUUCAUGUCGGACAAGUCUUAAGAAAUGUCUCUUAUGCAAUUCUUUAAAUUUUUUUUAGUAAUUAAACUACAUUCCCCAGGAAUAUUUGUCAAGAAUGAGUGCUCAGCUCAGACAUUUACAUGGUUAUUCAAGUGAGAUUUGACAGGAAAUCAAACUGAAAUUUAAAUUUAAAAUAGGUUUACUUGAUCUACUCCUCUGUCAGCUAUGCUUGUUUGAAAUUCACUUUGAAUUUCUGACUAUUCUCUCUUUAAUGAAUAACCUUUUUAAUCAUCCUUUUUAUUUGCAAAAAGGCAAAAUGUAUAACUGACCUAAACUAGCGUAUCCUAGCACUCUGCUGAAUGACAGGUUCUCCACCACCCACAACCUUCUAUAAUCUAUAUAAUAAUGAGCAUGCAAAAUGCAGAUCGUUAUUUAGGCCAAAGGUUCUGAAUCUACAAAUGUUCUUGGUACACAAAAAGUGUCCCUUUUUAGUUUUCACAAGAUUACAUAUUUACUCAAUAUUUUCUAUCCUGUUGAAGCAAACUAUAGAAUUGCUAUAUAUAUUUUCCAGUCUGUAUUAUCAAGCUAGAUAUUUACAUGUAUUUCUUUCUUGUAGCUACUACUAUGAUGGGGACAUGAUCUGUAAAGUUCAAGGCAAGAGAUUUGUUUAUAAGUUUGUUUGCGACUUGAAGACUCUUAUUGGCUAUAGUGCAGCAGAACUGAGUAGGUUGGUUUCGGAAUGUGAACAGAAGAAAAUGGCAAAGAUGCAGAUACAUGGUCUUGGACAGCCAAUCACAGCCGUAGCAUUGGCUACUGCAUCACUCAAGGCAGAAAAUGACAACUAG